AGUCAUAGUUUGUGGAGUAUAAUGGGAUUAUCUGUAAAAAUGAUUUGUAUAUGGAUAUUAACAAACACCGCCAAAUAUUUCAAAGUACAACGGACUUUUAUAAUGUAAAAGUCACGUGACACGGAAGUACCUAGAUUCGAUUUUUAUUGACAAGCUGAAGCUCAUCUAAAAAAAAAAGAAGUAACGUUAACUAUAUAAAAAUAAUCAAGCGGCAAGGAUGAUCAAGGCUAUUCUCAUUUUUAACAACCAUGGCAAACCCAGGCUCAUCAGAUUCUACCAAUAUUUUGCAGAAGACAUGCAACAACAGAUCAUUAGAGAGACCUUUCAUCUGGUGUCCAAACGAGAUGACAAUGUCUGCAAUUUUCUGGAGGGCGGAAGUUUGAUCGGAGGCUCUGAUUACAAGCUGAUCUACAGACACUAUGCCACCCUGUACUUUGUGUUUUGUGUGGACUCAUCAGAGAGCGAGCUGGGGAUUCUGGAUCUCAUUCAGGUCUUUGUGGAAACCCUGGACAAAUGCUUUGAGAAUGUGUGUGAACUGGACUUAAUCUUUCACAUGGAUAAGGUUCAUUACAUUCUCCAGGAAGUUGUUAUGGGUGGGAUGGUUCUGGAAACUAACAUGAAUGAAAUAGUUGCCCAAGUGGAGCUGCAGAACAGAAUGGAGAAAUCGGAGGGUGGUCUGUCUGGCGCACCAGCACGAGCUGUUUCUGCUGUGAAAAAUAUGAACCUUCCUGAAAUACCCCGUAACAUAAAUAUCGGGGACAUCAAUAUAAAAGUGCCCAGUCUCUCCCCGUUUUGAGUUUGCAUGUCUGAUCAGUGUGUUUUUGUGUGUGUUGUUACUUUGUUGACAUUCAUUGCCAUAGAUACUGUAGAUAUUGCCAUUUAUGGACUUAUGACUGACCAUCACCUGAGGACUCUUAAAAGUCCGGAGCACACUACUGGGUCCAGUCAUUUACAGUGUACUUUUUCAAUUUCAGACUUUGGUUUGCAGACAAACCGUUUCCAAUUUUGUUUUAAGUGUUGAACUGUUUUUUUCUGUGAUGUAGCAAAAUUCCAGAAUACUGUACUAACGUGUCAUUGAUGCCAACAGACCGACUACUAAUGUCACACAUUAAUAAUUUAUUAAAUGUUACUUGGUCAUUAAAAAGGUUUUUGUCCAAAUUCAAGUCUUACUUUUAAAAAAAAAGGUUUUUAUUAAUUGCUUAAUAAAUGAAAAGCGUUCUUCACGGUAGUAAGUAUCUUUUGGUUAGCCUGCAUUUGAGACUAGUAUAAGCUUGAUUCCAGACCUUCUCCACAUUUAGAAAAUAAAAUAUUAUAUUAGCCCUUCAUCUUUGUGUUGAAAAACAUUUUAUUGUUACAAAGAAUCUAUCUGCAGUUUCACCAGAUCUAAAUGUCGUAAGUGUGUAAGAUCGGUUUAAUACAUGACUGUGUGUCAGCAAGUUUUUGACAAAUCAUGGUUGCACAACCAAAACAACAAUAGCAUAUCUAGAAAUCUCUGAUAAUGCAUAUUACCUUUGAAGAUAGAGGUCUAUCAAAGGUCCACAGCCUUUGGAUGACGUCAGGAAGCCAUGGAAUUCAUUUCUUUUUACUUUUAAGAUGCAGAAUAUUUAAUAACAAAACCUGGUCUCAUUUUAAUAAAAAAAAAUAGACUUUUAUAAAAAGUGAAAAUCACUGCUCACAUACCAGGAGCCUUUAGAUUUAGUGAUGUAAAUACUGCACAAAAUGAAAUAUUUAUUGUUUUAAAGGUGAGUUUUAUGGUGAUUUUGUUGAACACCUCAUUUAUAGCCAAUAGGAUAAUCUUUACACCCAUGCAUUUUCAAAUGAAUGGUCCGUCUUGUGCUAUUUGCUAUAUUUGAGAUACUUAUCUAAAUAAUAAAUGUCAUGCCUGAUACAAUGUUCCUCCAUAAAAUAAACAUUCCAAAGGCCAAA